AUGUUCUGUGAGUCAUGUGAGAAGUAUUUAAGCGUGUCUUCCCUACUGUGCAGCUUUUGCAACCGAAAGAACUCCCUUAAGCUCGAUCCAAAGAAGUCGCAGAGCAAAGAGUAUGCUGUGCAGAGCGUAAAAGAGAGACAGAAAGGUACAAAAAUAAAAGAAGAGUGUCCAGAGUGCAAGUCGGAGUAUUUAUACUACUACACCAUGCAGCUUCGAUCUGCAGACGAAGGGCAGACUGUAUUUUACGAGUGCGACUGUGGAUACAAAGCAAAACUCAAUACAUAA